UCUUGCAAAGCACUGGAAUCCGCUGAUUUACUACGGUUCCUUGUAGUAUCAAUAGAAAGAUUUUUUAGAAUGAACAUUUUUGGAAAAUUAGAACAUUAAAAUCCUUACAGCUUUGAUUUCACAUAAAUGAAAAUGAAUUCAAAUAUACUAGAACCAAACUCAGAUGAAACGGAAGCACUUCUCAGUAAACUUGUGUUGGAAAUGGGUCAAACCAGCGAUCCAUAUAGCAUGGACCCAAAUGCUCCCAUUAUUGGUGGUGUCCCUUGCAUUAAGGUUGUUCCCAAGCCAGGAUUUUGUGUGAAAACGGGCAGUAAGAACAAGGAGAAAAUUUUUAUCAAUGUGUGCACUUCAGAAAAUGUUCCGGAAGCAAAGGAUCUUACGGAGAAAGAGCUGAUUGACCUCCUGCAGUCUGAUGACCCAACUGGGUUCAGAAUUCCAAUGAGCAUUGGGGAACCACACGCAGAGGUCGACAAAGGUGGCAAGGGCUGUACUGCCUAUGAUGUGGUUGUGAAUCCCAAGUUUUACACGAAGAUUCAGACAAAUGGCACUUUCCAAAGGUUCUUUCUACAUGUGAUGGUGGAAGGCAUCGAGAACAAGUUUGACAUGGAACUUAGUACAGAAUUUGUAAUUUUGAAGAAUCGGAAAUCUGUUGGUACUCUGCAGGAACAAAACAUUCGAAAGGAAUCUAAGCCGUUCAUUAUGGAAAUGGACAAUGCUAACAGUUCUCACACUUUAUCAGAAACUAUGACCAGAAACAAACCACUAAUUGAAGAAGUUAAAAUGCCAGAAGCUAAAAAAGGUGCUGAACCAAAAUUCACAAUUGUCCAAGAGCCAGCUGAGGGUCACCCAGAAUUUUUGGUAGCAGAAAUUCAUCUUCCCCUAAUUAAAACGUCCAACACAUUAACUUUGGAUGUAGGUGAAGAUCGAAUUCUGCUGGACACCAGGUCUAAUGUGUACUACUUGGACAUCUACCUACCAUUCAAUAUUAUACAGGAAGAGUGUGGAUCUCAAUUUAAUAGAGAAACUAAGAUGCUCACAAUAACCAUGCCAGUGCAGCCAGCCUCCUGACACGAGAAGCGUACAUUAUGAUAUAUAUAGAUACAAUACAAUACUGGAUGUAAAUAAACUAUGACAUUGUGUAUUCAUACAACAUUGUAAUUGUCAACUCUGUGAUACAUACACCAUCAGGACAACUCUUGUUUAAAACAAGAAAAAUAACUAAUUUGUGCAAGACUUUAUAUUAAGUUUAAAGUCUUUACCAUAAGAAUGUGAUAUCUUUAUAUCUGGAAGCAAAGAAGACUGACUGUCUGCUAUCACUGUUAAAUUUGGUUAAUUUCUCUGAAAAAGUAUUCACAGUUAUUUAUGUCUGGUCAGUUUUCAGCAAUAAUGAAGCAUUUGUUUACAUAGGCAUUUCCAAGUUUUAAAAAAAGAUCAAGUUUUGAAUAUUUGAACAGAAUGGAGAAUAUCUCAAUAUAUAUUUAUAAUUACAAACUUUCCAUUGUUAUAAGAUUUACUCUCUUCUGAUUUGAUGAUAAUGUUAAAAAACUUAUAUGUUAUCCUUUGAUAAACCUCCUAAAAUGAUGGUAUUAUGUCAAAUGUGUAUAUCAUUAUGUAAAACUGGUUACAGAAAGGAUGCUAGAAACUGAUUUAUGUGUAUUUGUAACUGUUGUUUACAAUUAUAAGAAUUGUUUGUCUUUUUUUGGUCUUUUAUUUUAUGCUGUGUGAUUUUAUACAAUUGUGACCGUUAUACAUUGACAAAUUUACACAAAAAACCAGUUCUUAUAACAUGAAAUUCAAUAGAACAAUUAUAUCAUACUUAUUUUAAAUACUCUUCGGGGGUUUUUCUUCUUUUUUUUCAAUUUUAUUAAGUUGUGGAAAGAAAGAUGAAAUGCAAGAUGUUAAGUACUGUACAAGAUUUCCAGGCAUUGAUUUAUAUUAUAAAUGACUUUUGCAGGGGGUGAAAUACUGCUGAAUACAUUUAGUUUAAUUGUUGAAUGUAUUUCUUUAAAAAAUAAAAGAUUUUAUAUUUUUA